AUGGUAUCCAAUCAUAGAAUGGAGAUAAAUCCCGACAAAAUUAAAGCCAUAGAAGACAUCACCUUGGUGGACAACGUCAAGGUCGUUCAGAGGAUGACCGGGCAUAUAGCCGCUCUGGGUCGGAUCAUAUCGAGAUCCUCGGACAAAAGCCAUCGGUUCUUCUCACUGUUGAAAAAGAUGAACAAUUUUUCCUGGACCCCAGAAUGCCAACAGGCUUUGGAAGAGCUCAAACGGUACCAAUCACGUCCGCCCCUGCUGUACACUCCGAAGGCGGACGAACAAUUGUACCUUUACUUGGUGGUUUCCGAGGUGGGGGUAAGUGGAUUAUUAGUUCGGGAAGAUGAAGAUCCUAAAGAGUCGAGAGAUCCUGGUACCAAGGCUGCCAGAUUUAGCUUGGUCGAAGGGACAUUGUUCAGGAGAACGUUCGACGGCCCGUUAGCUAGAGGCUUGGGGCUGGGAGAUACCGAAUACGCCUUGAGAGAAGUUCACGAGGGCACUUGCGGGAACAAUUUGGCGGUAGACUCUUUGGCCCAAAAAUUAAUCAGGGCCGGCUAUUACUGGACCAAAAUGGAGAAGGAUGCAAAGGACUUUGUACAAAAAUGCGACGACUGCCAAAGACACACACCAAUGAUCCAUCAACCCGGAGAGCUACUCCACUCAGUCUUGUUUUAA